UGAUUGGUGUCAAGAAGUUGAAGCCAUCACAGAUCACAAACGUAAAUUUGCAUCUUAUAUAUUCGAUAUAUGUACUCUAGCAGAGAGGAAGCAGUUCACUCUGAUAUGAAUGGUGGCGUUCUGUACAUAGAGACGAUACAUCCGUUUCACAGUAAAAACAGGGUCCUGAUCCCAUAUGUAAUGGACACAUAGACAGUCAUGCAGUCGCAAUGGGAUAGGCUGGCCUCCUUCUUCCUGGUGGUAGGUGCCGGGGAGGAUGCCCAGUCGUUUGAUCCUACUGAUGGCGCUAUGCUCGGUCGUAUGUUCGAGGAUGAGGGAACCAAAAAAGCAAAGGAUCCCAUCACAGAUAUAGUUGUGGUCGAAGCUGAUGAACCGAUACCGGACAAUUUCGAGGUUGCAGGUGUCGUCUCGAACAAACCGCACAUCAGAAUGGCAGCAAGCAGCACCUUGGCCGAUUCCGACAUGGAGACUAUGGAAUCAGCAAACGAUUACUUCGUGUGUGUUUCACGCGAUGUUGUGGAUAUGUCACCCAUCACGCAAUUGGUCUACACUACUGUUCAGGAUGGGCAUAGAGCGCCUGAAAUGUACGGCUUCGAGGUAGUGUCUUCACCUGUCAUCAAUCUCACCCCCAUAGGCGACAAGGACACUAUCUGGUGUCUGUAUAUGAAGCGUGAAAGCACGCGCAUGCCUAUAAUCGAUGUACUUGUGGAACCGGAGGAGGGAAUCACGCUCAGCGGUACAACCAAAGUAGAGAACGCCACAUUUAGCACGAUAAACUUAGCCAUUUACGUUCAAUACAUGGAGGAAUUCCCCCGAAUAGGCGUGACGUAUGUGCCUCGCAUCCUCACUCGGUUUCCGGCCUGCGAUACUAAAGAAACAUCCGUACCACCGGCGGUGACUGGGUUCUGCUUCCCAAACGGUGUGGAAUACCGCCGAGAGUAUGCCAAUCCGUUGUUCUUCACGUUUGUGCUCACGGAUGAGAAGGGAGUGAUGCAGUACGGCUCGUGCUACACGGUCUACGAACGCAAAUCAUUUGUCAAACAGAGGAACGCCCGGGUGUUCCACGAACCAAAAUGUAUAUGCAUCCUGUCAAGGUGGCCGUUCUUCUGCUCCUACCGUCGGUACAUCCAGGCCCUAUUCACGCUAUUGAAGCAGCCAUGCGCCUUCCCCAUAGAGAGUUAUAUAGUGAACCUCUUCGAGGCCAGCGUACCACCACAGGGAGAUGUGAUAACAAACUUGCGCGUGGGAGAUAGUGUCAUAGAGUUCGCUCGUCCCGCUGCGACCGACUUCCCGCUGGCCAACUAUUCACUGCUGCCGCUGUUUCACGCUUUGGACCUACCCAACAUAGCUACGGUGCUGUGCCUGAUCCUUACGGAAGCCAAACUGCUGAUACAAUCGCAGCACAUAUCACUGCUCACGCCCAUCUGCGAAUCGCUCACGUCGCUGAUCUUUCCGCUGAGGUGGCAACACAUCUACGUACCACUGUGCCCGCCCUCUUUUCUGGACUUUCUUCAAGCCCCGGUCCCGUUCAUCAUCGGGGUGCAGGCGGGUGUGGUGGACUUCUCGGUACUGCCCACCGAUGUGUACCUGGUAGACAUAGACAAUAACCGUAUACAGAAGAAGAAAGACGACUACGACGACGACAUGGGCGAGAUGCCGUCCCUGCCAGCACAGUCGCACUUCCUGGACAGGCUGUAUAGUGUUGCCUCACAUCUGUUCAUCAAAGGCUACACGAGUAUGGAGCAUGUAGAGAAUCAUCCCUAUACACAGCCUGGAUCGGUGACUACUGCGCACAAAACAGCCGAACAAGUCAGGCAGGAGGCAAUCCGCGAGAGCUUCUUGGACUUCUUUGUGUCCAUACUCAAGCCCUAUCGAGAGUAUCUCACGGUGCCCACGGCAGACACCAUCCACGAAUACGCGAAGAUCUUCUCCUACAGUCCCGAAGAAGUGUUUAAUAAGGAGGCUUUCCUGAUGUCGGUGCGUGACCAAGAUCGGAAGUUUAUGGACGUACUGGUUGACAGCCAGGCCUUUACCCAUUUCGUAGAGCAGCGAUCGUUCAUCUCGAAUCGGGAUGAAGAGCUUCUUUUCUUUGAUAUGUGCAUUGAUGAGGCAAACUACAUCGAAGAGAAACAAAGACUGGAGUCCGAGGCUAAGGCCCAACAGAAAAGCCAUGGCCGCAUGACCAGUGUAGGGUCUGCUCGCAACCUUCUCAGCAACUUCAGCCAGACCGACUUGUUCGCAGGCCGAUCAGCCGUGGAUAUCCGAUCCUGGGGCAACAGCUCUACUAGUGGUAUCAAUGAUAACCCGCGCAAGCUUGGUAAUGCGUCGAGUGUAAAUGCGCUCGAUGGAAACAUGCGAGGGAGUAUCUUCUCGCCCAACAAUAGAUCCUCAAUUCAUAUGGGCUCCCGCAAUUCAAAACGGGACGGAGACAAUUUCUCCCGUACGAACCUGACCCUGAACUCGCGCCCCAGUUCUAGGGAGCGGAUCACGGGUCAUAUGAGUCUUAAUAAUAAUAAUAGUAAUAGUAGUAAUCUUAAAGGGUCUGUAUACGGUCUGGCUACGUCGCCUGUAGCGGCUGUGCGCGUGCAGCCGUCGUAUGCCAGACCGCAUGUGGCCCAAGAGCCCCAGCUACCCCCGAAGAAGGCUCUCAAGCGCUGCAUGCCAAUUGUAUUGGGCGCGGCCGAGAGCAACGGGACAGCCGACCAACACCAACACAAACACGGCUACGACAACGACGAAGAGGAGAGUGUGCAAGACGCGAUGGAGGUGCACAAGAAGAGCGUACCGCCGUACAACUACCGUGGCGUGUUCCCGCCCUUGCAAACGGACCUGUUCCCACGUCUGAGACAGGCGACCCGUUUCAAUGCGGAUGCAUUACACGCGUUCGACCGACAGUCAGCCCUCAACCUGUCCAUGUCCAGACACCACAGGGCACAACCGGCCCCCGCAUGCCAGGUGCAACUGCCUACCUACACGCACACCCGGAAUCUGGCCGGUGGGACCGGGCCGAAAAGUCCCGAAACCUCGUUUGCCGGACCCGAGAAAACACACAACCGCCACUUCAGCGCGGAUGUCAGCAACAGCCCGCAACAGUUCCAGUUCAAAGUACAGAGUGACGAUGAGCUGUCCAAAAUGCGCACCCAGAGCACCAGGUCGCCGCACCGCCCCGGAUCGAGCAACCUGUCGCCGGCCGGUUACAAGCACAAUGCCUCAGAUAUGGGCAUAUCCGCGAACAUCCACUACAGCGACCACACCAACACCUCGCAGCCCAACCUAUCCAUCCCCGCCAUCGCCACCACCUCAGCCGACUACGACACGGCCCUUGCACCCGACACGGUGCGUAUGAAGGCCAACACCUUCUUCAUCAGUCUGCACGAGACGUGGCUGUACCUGUUCUCAGUGCGGCUCUCAUCGAUGAACCCGGCAGAGGUGCCUGCGGCGUUUCACCUGGCCGAGAGUAUCCUCAACCGUAUGCGCACCGCCAACAUCCGACCCAGCGAGGGGUGUUACAGGUUACUGCUGGUGUCCUGUGCGAGGAUUGGCGGCUAUGCCGCACAGGCACGGUACGUGUUUCAGAUGAUGAGUAGGGAUGGUAUAGUUGCAAACGCCAUCACGACCGGCUUAUUUGUGCGGGCGAACUUACAGGCACCCGGAGCUGGCUUGACACUUGAGCGACAAAGCAGUAACGCGAGCGCCAUCAGCUCGGUUUCCAGGUACCCUUCUUUACAGAGGCAAAGGUCGGGCGAAACGGUGGCCGGUGCGAAAGUCGGCAGUGGUGGUGGUAGUAGCAGUAUCACCCAUGCGGAUGCGGCGAGGAUAGACUUCUCCGACAAGAAGCUGAGCGACCCACCGCAGCAGUACGGGGCCGGGUGCCUGAGCAAUUGGUCCAGUCUGAAGGAGUUACAGGUCGCAGCCAUGGAGUUCCUGCCCAUGCACCUGGCCAGCAUGCGGGUGCUGGCACGGGCGAGGGUGGAGUCGAACAACACGUGCCCCCACUGCCACGCACUGCUCACGGACGAGGAGAUUUCGCUGGGGUGGGAGAUCACCUCGUACGACAGUACCAGUGUGUGUGUGUACUGCCAUUCACCGUUCAUACCCGAGUUGAGUUUCUCGUACACGGGGGGCAAAGGGGCUGCCGAACCCACUGGGGACAAUGGGCCGAGUACUGAUGGAGAAAGGCCCGGUACAGAUGCACCUGCACCUGCACCUGCACCUGAAUCCCAGGGUGCGGAUGACACGGGCCAUGCCUCCGGUGCAGAUAUAAGCGCGGUUUCUGACGAUUCACAGUGGCAUAGCACUGGGCAGACGACUGCGCCCGCGCACGACGCCACAACCGAUAGCAAACCAGCCGUUGUUUCCGACGAGACGUACUCAGGCAGCACAGGCGACGUGUAUACCUUAGCGGAUGAGUUGGAAGCAGAAACCAACCCCACAGGCGCGACAGGGAGACCGAGUUUACAUAGUGGUACAUGCCCCUAUCUCUCUCCGACUGUGCUGUUCCAUGAGCUGGAUAUCGCCUUUUACCGAGUGGGGUUCGAGGCGACGACAGACCCACAGCUAGACGUCAAUCUGCACCGCGACCAUCCUACCUUAUUCUGGAACAUUGUGUGGUACUUCACUCAGCUGCGGCUGCCAAUUCUCUCGGCCCAGGACGCACCCACACCGCCAGGCAUGGUACCCAGCAACGAAGACAUGCAGAUCUUCCGUGGCUUUGACGAGCCCGCGAUACGCUACGACGAUAAGGAUGCCUCCCUGCACGUGCAUGUGCGGGUGAACGGGCUUGGUGGUCGUUUGGCAGGUGUGCCUUUCUGUCGCACCAACGUCCUGUAUGGGCUGCCGGAGCCAGCGCGAGUGCGUACGAACAAGCACGGUAUACGAGUACUGCGAGAUAUACACCGGGUGGGUCGACUGGUACGCAGGAAACGGCUGCAAGCGGCUAUCGAGCACUUUCUAAUUAAACGCCAGGAAUACGUCGCGGGUGGAGCUCCGGCAUAUACGCCAUCCCCACCAUACCACACCAGGUGCAGUGCCGAUAAGGACUCAUGCGAGGACAUUGAUCUGAGCGCUUGGUUUGCCUGCCCCUUGUACUAUGCGCUGCUGACAUGUGCCACGUACACGGCCCACCCGGACGAAGAGAAGUUUUAUGAUCAGUUCCAAGCGGCACUGAAAGCACUGCCCAAUCAGCUGGCUUCGUCGUUGCGUCGGCCUGUAUCUGGCGAAAAGUUUACUUCUUUGUCCGGUGAGAUGUACCUGGUCGACACAGCUCCAUCAGAAAACACGCUUAUCAUGCGAAGUAUACUGGGGAUGCACCGACCUCGCUGGAGUGUCGAGAGCACGCAUGUCAUCAAACAAUGCACGUGGUUUGAUUACGGAGUUCUGUAGGCGAUUAACAGAAUAAAAAUAGCUAUGUCAUGGA